UGAUGGCGCGCAAGCCGCCUGUCGGCGUCAGGCCGUCCCUUAAGGAGGUUGCAGAUCAAUAAGUUGAUUUGCCGAACGUCAUAAGAGGCACCGAGAAAGCAGAAGACGCCUAAGACAAUCAGGAUAAAAUCGAGCAAAAGAUAAUCCAGUCGAGGGUGUGUCCGAAUAAUCGUUUGAUCUUAAUAGGGGGAGCCUUUCGUUCAGUACCGGUGGCCAUUUUGUUCGCGAGGAAACGCGUGCGGGGCCCGAGGGGACGACAAAUGGAAAGUAGUCGAGGAGUCGCUGUCGAGAUCACGGAGUGUUCCCUGUGUACGCUAGUUUUGUGUCUGUAGUGCGCUUCCACAUGUUAAUAGAUAAAUUCGUCAUAUAUAAAAACAACGUGUCUGGUGGUCAGGCGCUAACACGGGUUAGGCGGCUCGAGUAACUCGGUGAAAAAUAAAUCGGGGCUUUCUGAUUGGUCGAGAUAAAAAAAUCCGCGAAGCCUCUUCGGAGCCGAAACCGAUGGCGCAGUCGUGCCGAUGCUAGUUGCUGGCUGGUAGUUAAGGGUGACGUAGCGUGACGCACUUGGCGUAGGGAAACGUGGUGCGCGAUUUCCCCCAGUAGCGGCGCCAGAGGUCACUAGCCUCACUCGACUUGACGCUUCUGCUCCCAUUCGCGAAAUUCGACCGGUUGCCGGCCGAGUCUACGUCGAAGAAAGACGUCACGUUAACAUUCCAUUACGUUACGUUACGUUACGUUAAACGCAAGUUCGCCGAAAGUCAUGGAAAUCACCACGAGUCUUUCUGCACUCACUCCGUUAAUUCUCGAAGAAUCUGACAGUCUCCGGCUUUGAUCCUUAAAGAUCUUGAAGAAAUAUCAUACACGGCGGUGCUCGCGAAACUACGUGCGCACCAGCUUCCUUCAUUCUUUUAUUCUCUCUUUCUGUCUCUUGGUCUGAUCUCCCUCUACUAUCCUCGGCGACAUCCUCCUGCCUCUCUGACCGGCACAACUCCGUUGCACUUUCUUUUUACUCUCUUUUUCUCUCCAUUAUUAUAUCCCAUCUCUCUGUCUCUUACUAGCUCGCUCUUUUUAAUUCUUUAUUCCCUCCUACCGCGAGAAUGCAGUGGCGAGGUUAUGAACGGUCGCAACGUCGAAUACGUGGGGUGUCCUAAUGCCUCGGGACGACGAGGUAUACCAUUAGAUUCUCAGGAGAGGUUCACUGUGUCUUUUUCGUGUUUCUUUGACGUAUCAAGGAUAAUCCGAAGACGCAACGUUUCAAGCCAGUGCCAAGUUAAGUUAUUACAUCGUCGCCGUAUGUGCAGUACAUGGGAUAAAAUGGAGCCUACUGCUGUAAUCAGUCGAUAAACCGUCAGGACUGUAGCUCCUUAUAGCCUUCCACGAAAUUUAGUGUUCAAGUGUAGUAAAGAGACAUCGUGCAAGACAUCGUCCCUCUUUCUGCUGUCAAUGUGAAAUCAGAUCCGGACGAGAGGACGUGUCGAUCUUCGUAGAAGAAUUACUUCAAACAUAAUUUGCUCAUUUAACCACUGAGAGGCGAAGUCGUCGGUAUCCAGAGUGUUAUUCCCAUAAGAAUACAUCAAAGACUGGAAAUUCUACCAGGAUUCGAUGGAGAUAAGUCAUGAGCUAUGCACGGCUACGGAGUCCUCGCUACACUCUCCUGGUAACGUAGAACUCAUCUAGCUGCUAUGUGCUGUGAUUUAUCGACGGUGUUGUCAUUCCUCGUUUGAUCGAUCCAUAGAAUCGUUGGUAAAGCAUUCCGUUUAUUGUGUAUAUUUAGUCUCACUGUAAUAUUACAAUUCGUUCUUUGAUAAGAUAACUGAAGCAAACUGUUAAUUGAAAGAAGUACAAUUCUGAACGGACUGUCGAAGGAUUUAAAGGAUUUGUCCGAGGAAUAUUAUAUACAAGAUAAUCGUUCCUGAGAAUACCUCUGACCUUUACAAGGGCAUUCUUUGCGCGUGGAACAUGUCGCCGCGCAGUGCUUAAGAGAUAAUUCCAUAAUGCUGCUGUGCCGUUAGACGUCAUUCCAGAACGCACCGGAGAAUAAUCGUGUGAGUGAUUGGAUGAGAUAAAAAUGCUACGAGGAAUAGAUCGUGUAUGAAAGACACAUCCUCCAGGCUUUCGCAAUGGCGGAAGAUCAAGGGGACUCAAUGGUAAAUGGAACAAAGGUUGAGCAACUUACUGACGGUCAAGCUGAUAUUGCACUUGUGGAUGCAUCGACAGAGACACCGGCAGGAUCGUCUGCAGGAAUCCGGGACGAUAAAGCGAAGAACGGAGAUUCUCAUACGUCUGUGUUGUCCAUUGUUACGCCUUCCAGUAACGAAAAUCCGCUGACGGAAAGUUGCAAUGCGAAUAAACUAGAAGAGACCGUGGGCACGGGGGAGUCAGAGGUUAAGAAGCUUCCUGUGGAAACGACAUCUUCUAAUGAAGAAAAGCCCAUAGACAGCCAUGAACGUACCGAGACGAUAAGUACGCAGAAAUGCGAAAACACGGUUGAGGAAGCUGUGACCAGUAGGAAGAUAUCCGUUGCCAAGGACGACGUGACGCGUCAGGAAGUCACAGGAAAUGAAGAAAAGAAGAACGAGGAAAGUCCAAUCAGGCCGGAGAACGAGACGAAUGUAGAGGUCACCAUUUCCGAAGAGGAAGAGAGACUGAAUGAGAUCUUGAAGAGUGCCCCGUGCGAUGACGCCCUGAAGCCACUUGAAGAAGGUGUCCUAAAGAAGGAGGAAGAUAGAGGUCGAGAAGAGAAAAGUGCAUCUCUUGAAAAGAAUAUCGAGAAUGUUGACACGCGAGAAUCCGAAGAUCGGGACGAGGAGAGUAAAAAGGUUAAGGUGCAAGUCAACGAAUCUUAUACCGACAUGCAAUCAGACAUCAAGAAUGUGGUGAUAAAGAGUAAAGGAUCGCCGGAUAGACGUAACCUGAGGAAGGCAUCUCUUGAGCAGUCAAAAAUCAGUGACGAUGAGAAAAUGGAACAGUCGGAAGUAGGAAUCGUGGGACCGCCGACAGCUGUAAGCGAAUUGAUAAACGAAGAGGAACUCAGGCCGGAAUCUACAUUACCGACUGAGAGCAAACUGCAGGAUCAUGUGGCCGAGUGGGUUCAAAAUUCGUCAACGGCCGUGGACCCCACGGUCGCUGAAGAUGAAGGCGACGAAGGUCGUGGAGACUUCGAGGAGUCUACGAAGAAGAAGAAGAACGACACGACCAUAGCGACAGCCACACGGAAAUCUCAAAGGCUGGUGACAAACAUCAUCAAGAAGAGCAUCAAAUGCCUGAAUAAGAUGCACGCGAUGGAUGGAGCUGGUGGAAAUGGCAAGAGGGACGACGGUACCCAUGGAUCGCCGAAAGUACCUCAGAGCCAGCAGAACGGAGCUGCGCUACCGGAAGAAGAGGCUGGUGUCACCGCCUCGACCACCCUUAAACGCAUCGCGUCCGUUGCCAUUAAGAAGGAACCUAUAUCCGAGCCUGAGCAGGAGGCUACCGAUGUUGUUGCUGAACUCCAAAGAGACGUCAACCCCACGAGAGUGCUGAGGUCGGAAGGAGAGAGUAGAAAACGGAGGUCCACCGAUGAGGGUCUGUCGGGCAAUGAGAAUUCUGCGUCGAAAAGGGCCUGCUUCGAACAGCGCGAACACUUCAUAUCUUCGUUGGUGGGAAGCGACAAGGUGUCUGCCGAUGAGCUUGCUGCUAGGGCUGAUCAACUUAGAGCUGAAGUUCAGGCACUGGAUGAGUUAGCUCGCGCCAAGGAAAUGGAGUGGAAUGAAAUUUUGAGCAUGAGAAAGCUUAAGGAGGAAGCUUAUCUAAGAAUCGAAAGGCGACGACAGGUCGUUGGCUAUAUGGAGGGAAAUGCUCAGAUAACCAAGACACUUCCACCUGCUACUUUGGCUCUGGGUCCUGAAUGGGAUGGAAAUGGUUCCAAUACCACUACGAAUACUACCUCCGGAACGGCUGCUAAUACUCUGGCUAACAAGGAUAAGGCUGGUUACGCAUCCCAGGAGUGUUCCCAGGAUGGCUCGCAUGAUGGUUUCGUCGAGGAAUCCUUGCCUCCUACUAAAAAGGAGAAAGUCGCAAGACUUCAGUCACAUAGACAAGCAUCGCCGUCGCCAAAGCAAAGUGAGAAUGGACGUAAACAGUCGAUUGAUUCGCAGAAUCUCGAGAACAGACAGAUCGGCGAGGGUCGACAAGGUCCUAUCGUCGACGUUCGAUCCAUCAUAGCUGAUUACAGGCUGCGACAUCCUGAGACUGUUCCUAGAAGGGGUCGCAGGAUGAGGAAUUCCGUGAACGUUGGUCUCGGAGCCGGUGGUGCCAUGGUGGAAACUACAGGACACACUGUGGAUUCUCGACCCUCCAGCACGGAUUCCUGUAAGAGCAAUCCUAAUGCAGUCGACCCAAACAGCUCCAUGAGUUUCAAAGACGUUCUUGUACAAUUUGCCAAGCUCAGCCAACAACAAGGAGAACCCGUAAAAACACCGCAAAACUAUCCAGACGUAACACUUCAUCCAGUGGCACCAUCCCCAUCGCCGCAAAACACACAAUCUCAAACAGCUGGCUCUCUUCUCCAUGGCAUUCUCACAAAAUCACAAUCACCAAGGCCCACCACGUUCUCACCAACGUUGGCAAGACUUCUCACGGCUCCGGAGAGAGAACGAAGUGGUCCAGCAGCCACAUCCACGCCACAACAAACCACAGCAACGCAGCAUCUACUUCAAGCAUACCAAGGAUCGAAUCCUGUGUCCAUUAGCGAUCUUCUCUCCUCAUCCAAGGCACGAACGGAAAUAACGAUCACGCCAGUCGUUAAUGCACCAACAGUUCAAUCCCAUUCUAACAAUCUUAUUCACGUAGAUGACGUCGAAGAGGAGACGACGGUGAUCGAGGAACGUAGCAGUCGAGUAUCUUCUGGUUCCAGGGACAAUAGGGAUGAUCGUGAUAGCCCUCCUCGGUGUCAAGGAUGCCACGAGCGCGCUGCACAAUUUGUUUGUGCUGGAUGUGGAAAUCAAUGGUACUGCAGUCGUGAAUGUCAGGUGUCCGCAUGGGACGAACACUCUGAAGUCUGCUCUGGCUAAUGUGAUGCUCUCUGAUGAUGCUGCACGUGAAUUUGUGCUUACGUGAGCAAAAAGAUCCUGGCAGAAACGAGCGGAGAAAUCGAAAAUAAAUCUAGUCAAGAAAGAAAUGCCAAGAGGAAGAAGAAGAAGUAGGUGACAAGUGAAGAAAGAUGGCGGCAAAGAAAUACUGUAUAUUUUUAAGGAUCCUCAAAUAUAUAUGCGAGCUCUCAAGGUCGAUACGCUAUAGAGACAUUAAUGCAUCUUCUGUUGCAACGAAUCGAUCCUCCUGGAUGAAGUUCACUAAACGCGUUAAGAAUUUCGCCAAAUUUUCGUUCAAAUUGGAUUCCAUUGUUUCUCAAGGGCUCGAUGGAGUUUAAAUAUCGUUUGAGCGACACUGCGAUUCCGAUGAAUCCUCAAGAACUUGCCCUUUUCACCACCGUUAUUUUAUAACAUGACAGACAACACGUAUCGCCCAUUAGCCCGCAGGAGAAAGCAAGGAAUCAAGAUUACAUGAAAAACAAAGAGGCGAAAGCAUAUGCAUUCUUCCUAUACAAAUUAUUUUCUCAGUUCUACGUCGUAAAUAGCAAUUCGUGAGUUUUAAUUUUACAAUUUUCCGUUUUCUUCAUCCUUUUUUUUUCUCGAUAAUUUAUUUAGAAUAUCACUACUUAAGGGCAAUAGCAUCGCUAGAAAAAAAGGACACUGUGAAAUUUCCAGGCACUCCGAAAUUCUAAUGUGACAAAAGUUUACCUGAAAAGCGAACACGGGAUAGAGGAUAGAAAUAAGUUAAAUCUUUCCCAGAUAUUCCCCAAAGUUAUGCUGUUACGAAUUUUCACUCGGGUCACAGAAUGAGAUGACCAAGUAAACAUGACACACUACGCACACAGUAUGCAACUAAACAAUGGAGUGUUAACACGAAUGGGAGAGAACAGUGUAUACUACGCGCUUAUUGUACAUAAUUUUAUACAGAUUUGCAGCAACGUUCGUUUAUUUGGUGGGACUGCGAGAAGGGCGGUCAAAAGUGAGUGCCAUGAUGAGCAUAAAGUUCAUUUCUCCGAGAUUAGUUUAAUCGCGUCGGAUAGUUGUUAGAGAUUAGAAUGUAAACAGUUUAAGGGAUAAUGAAGGGAAGAAAGAAAAAUAAGGAAGCCACAAGCGGUUGUGCUGUUUUAACGUGUGCGUUUGUGCGUUAUUAUUUCUUUUUUUUUCUUCUUUUCCUUUAACUUUUCUAAUUUUCUUCCUCCCUUCGACGCAUUUGAGCUUGUAUUUCUUUUGUUUUCUCUUUUUAAUUCCAUUGACACUGCGUGUACAUUUGGCGCGAAUGCAAGUUUAUUUUCCUGCGUAUAUUUACAUGUGGAGAUUUACGUUGCGCUUUUCAGCGGCAUAUACUUUAGCUAAUUUCUCAAAAUGUGUAUGAUAUAUGCAACGAUUCAUCUCACUUAGGAUAAAUAAUAGACGUACAGGGACACUACACACGUACCAGACACCAUACUAUUUUAUACAAUAUUUGUUACCAACGUGUAAAUUAGUCUUAAAGAAAACGUUAGUAUUGUAGCUUAGGACAUAAGAUGUUUUUUUUCUUUUAUAAUUCAGUUGGUAUCGUAUCAAGUCGUUUUAGGUUUAAUAUUUGUUGAUAGGUUAUAUCUGAAUGAUGAUUCUCCCGAAUAUAAUCUGUAGCCCAAAGUUCCUACAGGUACACGUAACAUUAUAUAUUUUUCCCAUUUACGAGGCAAACCGAAAUAAAGAAAAUUUUUAAUCGUA